CAGCCCUCGCUUUUGCACGCUCCGACCGCAAAAAUGUCUAGCCAGCCACUUCUCCAGACUGCCCCAGGCAAACGCAUCGCUCUUCCUACCCGCGUCGAACCCAAGGUUUUCUUCGCCAAUGAACGAACUUUUCUCUCCUGGCUCAACUUCACCGUCAUCCUCGGUGGGUUGGCUGUGGGUCUGUUGAACUUCGGUGAUCGCAUCGGACGCAUUUCCGCCGGCCUGUUCACUCUCAUUGCCAUGGCGGCUAUGAUAUACGCCCUGGUCACCUUCCACUGGCGAGCACAGAGCAUCCGGAAACGAGGCCAGAGUGGAAUUGACGAUCGGUUCGGGCCCACGAUCCUCGCUAUUUCGUUGCUGGCCGCUGUGGUGGUGAACUUUAUUCUUCGCAUGAAGGAGUAAGAUCAAUCAGAUGCAUGUGCUCCAACCUCCGUACUCGUAUGGCGGUUGUCUGCGCUUCUUGUCCUCGGCGAUUGAUCUGCCUGCCCCUUGUCUUCUACCCUAUAUAUAUACCGGUCGAGCUCGUCGAUGCGGUUGCCCAUAUGACACUUUCCACGUCUUCAAAUGUUGCCUGCUAGUGCGAAAAACUAGUUGUAGGAUAACGUCAUUGUCAUGGUUAUGACUUGCAUUUCCUUCCUGUCGCUGUCUUUGGUUCGUGGCGUUAUUGAUAUGUCGCUUGUUUAUGCCUUACAAACGAGGGACCACCUCGCAAUGCAUAACUAAUAAAUAUUAUACAAUUUACUUUCUCUCUCUUGUAUAUAUAUAUAUAUAUAUAUAUAUAUAUAUGAGAACAGGGUGAUUUGCUAUAUUGCC